AUGUUCGUGACACAUUCCUUGCCCUCCACACCCUACCGCCAGACCGGUCACUAUACACCCGCGCGACCAUCGCCACUGGGUCCACGCAGCUCCAACAUCGCCACACCCCCAUGGUCCAUGGGUUCCCCCUCGAGCGCGGGAGAGCCGCAGAAGCCGAGCGUGGAUGAGAACGCGUUCUCUCCCGUCCAAUUCCCGACCUUUUCCAUCCACGCCGACCAGUUCCAGAACCAGGGCCAGUCAGGAGAGAAGCAGCAAUCGCCCUCCAUCUUCGGCGGCGCGUCCACGCCCUUCCUGUUCCCGACCCAGCAAUCACCCGCCCUCAUGUCUCCAACCUCCCCGUCGCCUUCCAGCCGACCCAAGUACGCGGACCGCUAUUCCUCGCAAAUCGCCAAUCCAAUGAAGAACACCACUUCCCUCGCGCGCUCCAAGACCCGCAAGAUGUUCCUCAACCGCGUCAAGAACGAGCGCGACACGGGCCGAUUCGAGGCUCGCGGCGAGCAGAUGAUGAUGGCGGAGCACCUGGCUGAUAAGCGGCAAUGGGAAGAGUCCAUGGCGCGUGAUGCAGACGCCAUGAUGCAGGGAUUCGAGUAUGAGGAGGAUGACAUGCUCCCCGAGCAAGAGGCGGAUGUCCAGGCUCUGGACGAAUUCGUUACGGAGGAGGAGGCCAUGGAAAUGGCGCUUCAGGAGACGGCAGUUUCGCAGCCUGCACAGAAUGCGUCCUUCAGUGAUGAGGAUUAUGAUGAUAUCUUCAUGACUCUUCCUGAUCCUGCGCAGUCGCAGGAUAUGGAUAUGUCAUGA